UGAUUGUAUGGUUUCGUGUUGAACACUUUCACUUUUCAGUUUUCAUUCGAGAAGUGGUUUUUUCGCACUUUUUCUGGAGUAAAUUUUCAGACAGAACUGGAGAGACUCCUGUGCUGUGGAUUUUGUAUGAAUGAAUUGAAAGACACAGUAAUCCUGAGCUCAUCCGCCUACACACUGCACAUCACUGCUAAUGAAAUGUGACGAGUAUCACCAACAGACACGGUUGUACUACAGAUAGGAAUACCUUUGAAACCCUCAGGAUGCAUUGAAACAAAUAGUAAUUGCUCAUCCCCACCCACUGGUGAUCAUUCUGUGAGCUGCUGGGAUGGAUAGUUCGGACAAUGUCCUUGCUGGAAUUAACCACUCACUACAAGACGGAUGGCAAGCCAAACUCAAACCGAAUGGGCGACUUUUCUACCUUGAUCACAACAGUAAAUCAUCGGGAUGGUUACCGCCUCCAACAUGCUGGUCCCCAAAGGCUGAUCUUCCGUAUGGCUGGGAAGAAGCAGUCGAUAAGAAUGGAAAACGCUACUACAUCAAUCAUGUAACCUGUACUACAACAAGGGAAGAUCCAUACGAUGUUGAUGAUAUCCCACCAGUAGAGAGAGAUGUGACAUUACUCAGGGAUCUAGCCCUGGGGUUUGGCUUCAUUGCAGGCAGUGAGAAACCAGUUGUCGUCAGGUCCGUCACCGAGGGAGGUCCUUCUGUUGGGAAGCUUCUACCAGGCGAUAUGGUCAUUAGAUUGAAUGGAGAAGAUGUCAAGAUGAAAGACGGACCGUACAUCAUUGAAAGAAUAAGACAAUCCUCAGAGACCAUCCGACUGACAGUUAUCCAACCUUACAUUGAUAAGACAGGACUCAAGUCAUCGUUUCUCAGCGCUAACAAGAAACAGAAACUCAAAUCUAAACCAUCCAAGGUCCGCUUUGCUGAUAAUGUAAAAGCAGCAGCAGUGGCUCCGGGAAAGUCCCCACCCAGCCUUGUCUACUUACCGAGUGUGCUUAAAGUGUACCUGGAGAAUGGACAGACGAAAUCCUUCAAGUAUGAUAACAAGACGUCAGUCAAGGAGGUCUUGAAGAACUUGAAGGAGAAACUGGACCUAAAGAGCAUUGAACAUUUCUCUCUAGUUGUUCAAACCAUGGAUGACUCCACAAAGCCUAACAAGUUUACAAUACUGCAAGAAGAUGAAACACUUACACAGAUUGCCAGCAGGCCUGGCAGCCAAGACUGGAAGUGCCUACUCCGAGUGACCUUUGUACCUCAAGAUGCCUAUGACCUCCUUAGUAAGGACUCCAAAGCCUUUGACUACUUCUACUUACAGUGUUGUAACGACGUUAUCAACGAGUGGUUUGUUGAUGAACUAGACAGUGAUAGAGCAAUCCGCCUGGCUGCCCUACAAAUACAACAACAUUUCCUCAACAGCAAGCAAUCGGCAAAAGUCUCCCUUAAAGCUUUGGAGAAAGAAGAAGGGCUAGAUAGGUUCCUACCUCCAUCCAUUUGUAAGAAGAUGAAAUCCAAGGAACUGAAGAGGCUGAUUGGUCAGCAUGUGAAGCAGAGUCAGUGUCUCUCUGCACCGGGCCAAAAGCAUCUCACCGAGUUACAAGCUAAACUGCACUACCUGAAGAUCAUUUGUGACUUAAGGUCAUUUGGGGGUCGAUUCUUCACUGGCACUAUGGUGACAAAUGUGGAGAGUGAAAACUUAUUAGACUACCAUUGCACCGUGCUGGUUGGUCCAAAAUGUGGUAUAACUCAGAUCAUCAGCAUGGUACAUAACGUCACGUCAUUGUUGGCUGAGUUCAGUCAGUUGACUGAUAUUCAACUUUGUCCUGCACUAGUCGAUGGUGACUGCCUAAGGGUGGAGUUACAUGUCAAAAAUGAAAAGCCGAUCGUCAUGCUCCUUACUCAUGACGAUGCAUACGACAUGGUUACUCUAGUUAAUGGGUACUACCGACUGUUUGUAGAUGGCAAUCGCUCCCUUCUACCAUCGCACUACUCCCACUCAGCAGAAACUGAAGCUCCGCCUUAUGCUGAUAAGCAUCGUGUUAUCCUAGCAGAUUGGAACUACCCCAAUGGCCUGGUAUCGGAGCUGGUAUCGGGGGAGGGAGAAGCUGAUGGAAGGACAGAGUGGGGUGGGCAUAGAGGAGGAGGAGAGGGAGAAUAUACAGUGGAUUUAUCCAUGGGACCUCCACCUUAUGAAGCAGAUAUUGCUUACAUUAAUAGAUUGAAAGCCUUGGGUCGCUUUCAUCCUUUAGAAGCAGCAGGCGGGCAACCGGACGGCGCUGUGAUGUCUUAUACCAUCCAGGAAGAGUCUGAAGAAUAUGAACCCUCAGACAGCUACAACAACACCCUCCACAAAAACAGCAACAACUCCCUCAACUCCAGCACCAUCUCCAAGUCCGCCUCAGACAGUAGUACCAUCUCAUCCUGGAGUGACAAAUCCCUGGACUUGACGAAGCUCUCUGACAUGGUUGAGGACAUGUUUGAGGAUGUCCGAACCCCAAAAUCAGAAACGGGAGAGGACAGCCUUGCACCUAUGCAGGAAAACAGACUUGACAUGAUGAUUGAUGGGUCAGAGGAGAAGAGGGUGUAUUUAGAGACGAGCGGAGACACGUAUAACAUGCCCAGGAGGAAGUCUCUUACAAAACAUUUUGAUGUGAGCGAUUCCGUCGCGAUGUACUCGCCGAUUAACGAGAGGAAGAGUAAAGGACAAGUCAAACUUUUGCAUUAUACUAUCUACAAUGAUAACAGCUUGAUCCCUGUUGGAGAAAUUUGCCCGUCUCUCUCGGAUUGUGAAGACUAUGCUGAGGAGGAGGGGGAGGGGGAGGGGGAGGAGGAGGAGGAUGAGGAUGAGACAGAAUCAGAAUUGCAAGAAAUGAUUCCUGUGUCCAAUGAGAACAGUUCAAGAGGCAAACUUGUUGUUCAGGACUCUGUGUUACUCGCUCAUACCAGACAAGCCAGCAAAGAGGAUGGUCUUCGAGAUGCAAGCAAUGAUAACCAAGAUGAGAACGAUAGAGACAUAAAGACAGAUGCCUUCCAUAACUCAUCUCGCUCAAACAGCAGUGUUGACAGCGACAUUGUCGACCUAACACAAACUUCAUUUGUCAGCAGUCCAGGCAAAGAUGAUUCUCUAACAGAAUCAGAAAUCCCUCCACUAAAUUUAUCAAACCUUUACACAAGGAAGACUGACGAAGAGCAGGUUGACAAACUGCCUGCUUCUGACUCGCCUGUGCCUGUAUCGAUCAUUGAUCUACCUUCUCCUGAUGUAGAAGAGGAGGUGUCAGAUGAAGCUCAUGGGUUCCAACUCUCCGCCUUAGACGCAAUAAACGUCAGCCUCCACCAUAGAGACAACCUCCUCAGCAGAUCCGUCCAGCGGGAUCCAGAAUGUGAAUCGGAUUCCGGUAAUGAGACCAUCUCCUCUGAAAUCAUCGACAACGGCGUCGCAGAUGAAUCCUUCCUCAGCCAUUCUCCGUCAGACUAUUUCAGCAUGGUUUGCGGAAGGAAAUCUCCAUCAAGAGCAGAGUAUGUGGAUCGUGACCCGACCCCUACCCCAGAGCUCUCGGGGGACAAUCCUCCAAACCUGGUCAGCUCCUUAGGGUCUGAUACCGACAGCAUAUCAACCCUACAUGGAAGUAGUCCAAACUUGAGUGCCUUUGAGGGUUCAGCGAGUGACACACUGGAAUCAGAUUCUAAGUCCCAGGAGGACACCAUCGAUGAACUGAUCGCCUCUUUAAUCGUCUCUCCUCCUACAGUGGAAACGGGAGAUCUUGAUGAGGAGCUCCUUAAUGCUGUCAUUCCUCCCCCACCAUUGUCGGACUUUGACAUUGGAGUCAUAGAAUCACUGAUUGUUCCACCACCUCCCGCAAUUACACCACCAAUUUCUCCACCCAAAACUCCAACUAAAUCACCAAGCUCAAGUGACAGUAGUUUCACCACUACCGUCAUGAUCAAUUUGAUCGAGGGGCCCAUCCUAAGUAAAGAAAUUACAUCCCUAGAAAUUGAACUUCCCAAAGGACAACUUAACACUUGUAGUGCAUCUCCUAAAGCAGAUUUUCAUACUACACUUUUCUCAAAAGAUAGCCCAAUCCAUCUUGAGAAAGAUAGAACAAUCAGAGCUUCUUUAAAAGAAAGCCCAAUUAGAUCUAAAAAAGAUAGCCCAAUUAGAUUUAAAGAUGAGAGCCCAACCCAAGCUCUUCUAAAAGAUAGCCCAAUCAGAUCUCAAGAAAAGAGCCCUAUCCAAGCUCUUCUAAAAGAUAGCCCGAUUAGAUCUAAAAAAGAUAGCACCAUCAGAUCUCAAGAAGAAAGCCCAAUCCAAGCUUUUCAAAAAGAUAGCCCAAUUAGAUCUGAAGAAAAGAGCCCAAUUCAAGCUCUUCAAAAAGAUAGCCCAAUUAGAUCUCACGAAGAGAGCCCAAUCCAAGCUCUUCUUCAAGAUAGCCCAAUCAGAUCUCAAGAAAAGAGCCCAAUUCAAACUCUUCUAAAGGAUAGCCCAAUUAGAUCUCAAAAAGAGAGCCCAAUUCAAGCUUUUCAAAAAGAUAGUGCAACUAGAUCUCAUGAAAAAAGCCCAAUCCAAGCUCUUCAAAAUGAUAGCCCAAUUAGAUCCCAAGAAGAGAGCCCAAUUACACAGCAUAAUGCAACUGAACCAGAGAGCUCCACAAUACAAAGUAACUCAAGACCAAACUCCCCUAUUAAAGUACCAGUAUCUCCAAGCAAAGGGGAACCAAACCCCAGCAAUGCGUCAUCAAGCAGACCAAGGAAGAUAAGUUCCAGUAUGUUGAGUUCUAGCCAGGACAGCGGAUUCAGUCAGCUAGGACCUGGCGAUCUGGACCACAUUGGUGUCGCUUUGGAUGAGAUAAACACCGGACAAAGUAAAUUCAAGGAGGCGAAACGAGUUGAAGUAAGAAACAGGGGAAACCAUUUGAAUGAAGACUCCACAUUCACAGAGCAAUCUAAGGAUUGCGAAACACCGAGUGCAGAAAUUAGAGGAAGUUCUGAAAUUGACUCAGAUGGUGGAGAUGAUUGUGGUUCUAUUGAGUCAUCUAAAGAUAUUCCAGACUCAGUUCUAGCUGCUCUUCUCACUGCUGUUGAGCCAAUUCCAGAGGUCAAGUCAAUUAAAGUUGCUCCGAAAGUGCCUCCAAAAAGAGUUGUUAGACCAAAGGUAGCUCGACAGGCUAGUGUGGAUAGUCUUACUGGAGGGGAUUUUGAUACGACAGUUCCCCCCGAGAAAUCAGAGCCGAAGGAGACAUCUCCGAGUGCCCCAGAGCCCCCACCCAGAAGGAGGUAUUCACCAGGAUUGUUCAAGAAGAUCUAUCAGUUUGAGACGGGGAAGGCUGUUGAAGUGCAGGAGCGCUCUAGCUCUGUCCAUAGGUCCUCAUCUCUGAAGGUUGUCAGUAAGACGGUCAGCUCUGACCAAAUGAAUGGAAAGUGUGCAGUACAAAUUGAAGAAACGGUGAAGACUGUUAAAAGGUCUUCGUCGUUUGCACCGGGUCAACGCUCUGGUUUGACUAAUGAAGGGACAGAGGAUGAGGAAGCUUAUCGAGAUUCAAGGAGAGGAGAGGAUGUGAACCUAGGACCAAGUGAAAUUAUUGAUAACAAAACAAAAUCAAACACGAACAAUAAAACUAUCCUUGGUCCACGAUUAUCAGUAGACAGUGAGCUGGGACUUGAAAAUGAAAGCCAUCGACCAAUUGCAAGGAGUAAUACCUUCUCAGCAGGUGUUGCUCCAGAUGGUAAGAAACCAAGAAGGAAGGCUCCCCCGCCCCCGCCUCCAAAACCAGAUCACCUCAAACGCUCAAAAGAGAAACAGAAUUUCAGGAACACUGUAUCAUCAUCGAGUCCUUCAUCUAUUGCGAAGCUAUUGUCUCCUUCAAGAAGUUUAUCAUUCCUUCGGGGAGCGAAACCUUUUUCAAAAAGUUCCAGCAAAUCUGACGAGCCCGCUCUGCCGACCUCACCGAAAGAAAAGAGAAGGUCGAGACCCUUGAGGGCGUUUCGAUCACUUUCUAGAAAGGAUUCUUACGACGUGUCGAUGUUUGAUCACAAAAAAGACAAAUCUGGAGAACCUUCUUUUAAAGAAUCACAGAAACUUAGAACAGUAGGAGGAUUACAUCGGCGUGUUUCACAAGACCUCAGUGAUGUGUUUGAUGAGCCACAAACAAAUCCUCGCCCAGUUUCUCUCUACGAUGCAAGAUCGAAGUCAGAAGACUUAAGUAGUGCAUCUGAUUUAUCUUUUGCACCACUUCGGCAAAGCCAGUCCUUAAGCAAAGCAACAAGCAGGCCCGUUUCAUACCCAUCAUCCCCUCAAAAGUACCCAGGCCCAGGUUCGAUUCAUGCAUCCCUGCCCAAGCGCCCGCCUCCUCCUCGUCCGAAUAACCCUCCAGCCUCCCCGAGGAAGGCAAUGUACCCUUCUGACGACUCUUUAUCCUCAUCCUCAUCUGAGAUGCAGCUAUCGCCAGUCCCGCUUCCAAGUCCUAGUGGCUACGACCAGGACAGCACAGACUCUGACGACUUCUCCACACCACCUCCACUCCCUGUCUCUCUGCCGCCAGUCAAAUCCAGACCUCGAGCUCUCCCUGAGCACUUCGUCCCUCCUCCAUCCUUCACAUCAUCUAAAUCCAUGAACAGCUUUGAGUCGGACGUAAGUGCCGACUCUUACACCUUAGAACUGGAAAGUAAAGAGUACCUUGGCAAAGAAUCUGUCGCAGAAGCUCUUGGAGACAUCAGGCUUCUGAUCUCGGAGCUACAAACCUGCAUCUUAGCAGAAGAAUCAGAGCCCAGCUUGAGACAGUUCAAAUUUUGCAAGGAUUCCUUGGUGUCUGAGGUGCGGGAGUUCACCAGCAAUACGAAGAUGCUGGUGAGCAGUGCUGGACAGUCUGAAGCCCAGCUAGUCAGGAGUGUCAAUAGCAGUAUGCAUACCCUUGCUAGACUCUGCUCAGACACACAGCAAAUGAUGAAGGCAAUGGUGUCUAUAAUGCAAGCAACAAAUCUUGGAAACAAGACAAAAGAGAUUGCUUCAAACUUCAGCAACACACUCUCCGCAGCUUCCGAGGCUCAUGGGAAAAACCUGAACGAUCCCAAUAUGCAACUGCUGCUACGGCAGGCUCAAACAAUGGCGGCCAUGUUGUCAGCUUUGAUGAGAACCCUACGUAUGCUCCAGAGCUGAACGUCAUAAUUUUCUGCAAAAGGAUACGAUAGUGUGCUGUAAAUACUUUUUUAUUCUUAGCUUUUGUACAUAUUUUGUGUAUAAAGAAAUAAUGUUUUGAAUCACAAUACAUGAAUUUUAAUUACAUAUGAAUCAUAAUCAUGAAUAAUUUUUUGGGAGUUCAAUAAUCCGAGCCUCGACAUUUUUGUGUGAAAGUAAAGACUUAAUUUAAUAGAUGAUAAAUUUGCAUCGGGGAUAAAGAAAAUUAAUUUGAUAUAGAAAGGUUUGCCGUAACACCAUGUAAUGACUAUCUCUAAUGAGGUGGGGUGGUUCUGAAAAGACGUUUCGAUCAGUAUGCUCCGAUGGUCUUCUGGAGAAAUAUUACUUUGGGUUUUACCCUUACACAGAUGCCCGUAAGCAUUGUAUACUCUCUAGUAUAUACACAGUACUUUUCAGAGAUCUGUUAAAAAAAUCACAGGCAAGGUGGUUUGGAAUGCAAGAUCAUUGCAAUUUUAUAGCAGUGCCUUCACCAACUAGAUUACCAAGGUUGCCCGGUAGCUAGAGGCAAUUCGAAUCCUAUCUCGUAGCAGCGGGUAUCGUAUUGCUUUACAUCAUUGCAGUACCCGGUUUUAGGGUAAAAUCAAAAUUAUUAAAGACUUAUUGAUGAGUGGUUGCCCUUCUCCAAUGUGGAUUUAAAAGCCUUUUGUGCCCAGUGAUUUUGGAUUGAUUUUUUUGGAGAGGGCGAAAAAUAUUCAGAAUUGUUUAUAAUAUUUGGAAUACAAAUCCAGUGAAAAACAAUUGUAUUGAUAAGCAAUUGUAUAAACUACUGGUCCAAACUGUAUUAUUUGUCAUUGAUGAUAAAGAAAGUAGUUUCACAACACAUACAAAUCAAUAUUUGUGAUAUAUUCUUGAAAAUCUCUUGUCAUAAACAACUCCACAAUCCUUGAACAGAAGUGCAUGUCUAGAUUGAAGACAACCACUUCAUGAAUAAUAAUACCCUUUUGAAAAACAAGGAUAGAGAGCAUAUUAUUGUUUCGUCAUGGCAACUCUAGUUUGGAGUGGUUAUCAGUUUUGAGGGUGUAAUCCAGAGCUUUCAUUGAGGCCUUAUCAGUUGAACCACUGAAGGUCAAGUGAAAUUGUGCAUUUUACUGCCACAGGUGGGCUACUGUUUGAUUGGUCACAUGACAUUGAAUGUAGUGACCCUUGACCUCAGUGUGACCUCAUUCAGCCUCUUUGUGUUUACAGGUCAAGAGGGUGGUCAUUUUGGAUGAGCAGUUUCCAUUCACAGAAAGCUUAAAGGCACUGUUCACUUUUGGAAGUUACUCCAAAUAAUUGUUAGCAUAAAAACUCACUUUG